AUGGUUAAUGAAGAGCACUUUCUGCACUCCUCAUUUAAGAAGGAGAAAUUUGCUGAGCCUAAUAGACAAAGAGCUCCGGCUCCUUGUAAACCUACCCAGCACGAUCGCUCUGCCAGAGCAGGCACCAUCAGGAAUUUGCCCACGAGCGAUUUUACCCUGCUGAGAGAACAGAACCAUCAGGAAUUUGCCCACGAGCGAUUUUUCCCUGCUGAGAGAACAGCGGCCGAGGUGCAAGGGCACAGCAGGUGCAGUCGUGUUAACAAGUUACCGUCGCAGCUCCCUGUGUCUGUGACACCGGGACAGCCUUGCCGCGCCGUGUCAGUGCCGAGGGAAGGACACCGGAAAAAGGCGGGCGAGGAAAGCGCCGCCGCCUGCGAAAGCCUCGCCAGGCGACGGGCCGCGCUCGGCUCCGAUACGGCUGUGUUGUCUCGGAGCUGUUUCACUGCCCUGCAGCCCCUUGCCGAUCGCAGCAGACGCGUUGUCCGCCCCGACCGCCACGGGGCGUGCGCGGGACGCCAUGCUGGCUAUGAGCCGGCAUCGCGGCUGGCAGCCCCCAGCCACGAACCGAGACAAUUACAGUAUUCUUCAGAUGUGAAGAGCAGGACUGUUCAGUUCAUGAAUUUGAGAAGUGCAGGAACUCUGAGUGACACAAGCUCUUUAGAUGAGACCACUUAUGAAAAACUGGCUGAAGAAACACUGGACUCAUUAGCAGAUUUCUUUGAGGACCUGACAGAUAAGCCUUUUACCCCAGAAGAUUAUGAUGUCUCUUUAGGGAGUGGAGUACUAACAGUUAAAUUAGGUGGCGACAUGGGAACGUAUGUAAUCAAUAAGCAAACACCAAACCGUCAGAUUUGGCUGUCCUCACCCACUAGUGGGCCCAAGCGCUAUGACUGGACUGGACGGAAUUGGGUGUAUUCUCAUGACAGAGUAUCCCUUCAUGAACUCCUAUCAAAAGAAUUUUCAACAGCGUUAAAAACUAAAUUGGAUUUAUCCUGCUUAAUAUAUUCUGGGAAAGAAGAUACUUGAUGACAUUCUACCUCAUGGAAGUUAAAAGACUUUAACAUCAAGCAAAGCUCUUUCUUGGUUUCUGAAGUACCUGAGCUUAAUUUUUUGGCAUCAGUAUGUUGUGUAACAAAAAUGAAAAUAAUAUAUUUUUCCUCUAGUGUUCAGUCUUUUGGUUUGUCUGCUGCUGUUUGAAUCUGUGUCCGUGUAGUACAGGUGGUUGAGGUCACCCUUCCUUGUCACUUCAUUCCUUGCUUUCUCUCUGCGGAAGUAAGUCAUAAAUUCUUACUGUCUGUAGUCUUGUUUGGAUAUGCGAACUGACCCACCUGGUGACUUCCAACCAGCGCACAAACACUAAACUUCUUUUGGUAAGACAUUCACCAAAACGAAGAAAUGCCUGUAAGUUGCAUUGGCAUAAGUUGUGGUACUGUGAAUGGAUUGCAUUAAAAUUUGUGGCUAUUUCAAGUAACACAUCACAGUCAAAUUGAACAUGUCAUAACAGAUGUAAUGACAUUUUUUUCUCUUAGUAUUGCAGAACUUGCUAUUUUCUCCAAAUUCUAAAUUCUGCUUUGUUUCAUAUUAGGAGUUUUUUUGUUUUGAGCUAACCUUUAAAUUACUUAGAGGUCUAUGUGGCUGAAAGCAUCUUAUAGAACUGGAAAGGCCAGUAUGUGAUAGAUAGGCAGCAAUAUAUCUGCAAAUGUUUCAUUCUCUUACUGUGCAUUUCUGUUUCUCUACCUUUGUGUUCUUCAAAGAGUAAAAAUACAUACCUUUUUUUUUUUGUUGAGCAAAAUUAAGAUCAUGGUAGCAAAAAUUUGAGCUAAUUUUGUUCUGUUGCAUUUCUUUAGUAAGUGGUCUUAGAUUAUCUUUUUAUCACCAUGAUACAAGGCUCCUCUUGGCACUGUGCCGAGGCAGAAACUUCUUAGAACUGAAUAUAGUAUUUAGGCUGAUGAAGCAGUCUUCAUCAGGCUGUUAAAAAUGUGAAGGAAAUAAAUCAUAUACUCCAGAUCUUAAAACAAAAACAUUCAAAAGAAAUCAUAAACUACAAGAACACUUCAACAUUUGCACUAUUAUAUUAUUACCACUUCUGUAUUUUAAUUGCCUAUAAAAUGGAAGGACAAAGUGUUGACUAAUGCAUGAGGAAACAAUUGCACCAUAUUCGGGUAAAUUGUAUGAGAAGAUGUUCAGUGCAAGCUGUUUUCUUUUGGUUCCUCUGAUGCUGUGGUUAGUUUGGAAUGAUUCUCUGGCUAGCUUUGACAGGUAGGAUUGAUUUUGUCACUGAAAAACAAUAGCUGUAAAGUACUGUCGCCCAUUAUUUGCCUUUAGAGUAUAAGCAUUGUUACCUGCUAUUUCCCACCACUAAAUAGAGUACGAUUUCACUGGGAGUAGCUUUUGGUUAAUUGUGCAUGCUGUUUGCAUGUUUUUCAGUCAAAGUAAAUUUCAGCUCUGCUGAUGAGGUAAAUACAAUGACUCCCAACUCUCAUGAGUAGGAGAGUAAAAGACGCUCUUUUUAAAAAAAAAAAGCAAAGGAAAGGUAAAAA